GUCACACGCUCUCUGCAGACGCACAGCACCUCUUGCUAGACUCGCUCGACCCAAUACACCGCCUCAGCCAACCCACUAGACCGCCUCGCCCGUCAUGGCCACCGCCAACUACUCGCUCCUGUCCAUCCCGGCAACGUUCGUGCUCGGCAUGGCCGCACACUGGAACGCCAUCAUCCUCUCGAUGACGUCCAAGGACCUGCCCCCGUUCGACAACCGUGCACCGCGCGCCUUCCUCGCGAGCGUCUCGCAGCUCGCCAAGACGAGCGCGGACGCUCGUCAGUACCUUCGCGCCGAGGCUGCGCAGACGAAUGUGUUUGAGCAACUGGGCCUGUUCGCGGCGGCCGUCCUGUGCGGCAACUGGGCGAGGCUCCCGACCUCGUUCCUCAACAAGGCGACGGGCGCCUACGUCGCUCUGCGCGUCGUCUACUGCGUUCUCUACAUCAAGACGGACCGCGCCAAGUUCACCGGCCUACGGUCGAUUGUCUGGCUCGCAAGCUCGGUCAUCGCCCUCAGCCUGUUCGUCAAGUCGUCGACCGCGCUCAACAAGGCGCUGUACUGAGCGAGGUCGGACGAGGUCGCUCGCGAGCGCCGGUCGGACCGCGUUUGUCGUUCUGUCGCGAGCGCAAUGUACAAAGCUUUCUUGUCGCGCU